CUGACAUCUUAGAAAUGAUUAAACCAAAACUUGAAAUGAUUGGCUUCAAGAAUGUAUCUUGUAUUGCAGGAGCCUUGGAAGACUCAAAGACUUCUUUAUCAGCCUGUGUGCCUACCUUGAAUAACAGGAUUAUCCAGGAUCUCAGUGAGUCCUCCUUCGCUUACCUGAAGAGUGCACUGGAAGUUCCAAGAUUAUAUAGGAGAACCAAUAAGGAGGUGCCAACUAAAGCUUCACCUUAUGUUGACAGCGCUCUUAAGCCCUUCUACCGAUUGCAGAAUGAAUACAAAGAUACCUUGAAGCAGCCCAUGAUUCAUCACUGGUUGGAAGGUGCCCUCUCUGAAAGCACACAGAAGUAUUAUGAAACUGUAUCUGAUGUGCUGAGUUCUGUUAAGAAAAUGGAAGAAAGCCUAAAAAGGUUGAAGCAAGCCAGAAGAACUGCAACCUCAAACCCUGUUGGUACAAAUGGGGGCAUGAGUGAUGAUAACAAAAUCCGUCUGCAGCUGGCCCUAGAUGUAGAGUAUUUUGGAGAACAAAUACGAAAGAUGGGACUGGAAACAAGCAGCAUAAAAAGCUUUUCAGCCCUUACAGAGCUGGUUCUAACUGCCAAGGAUCAGGCUACAGCGGAACAAUCCUAGAUGGUUUUGAAAGCCUGUGAUUGAAGAUAAGCCGUGUCCUUAAAAGAGGGAGAGAGAAUUUAGCUCUUUUUUUAUUUUACCAAAAUAAGUAGCAAUGAAGUGCUUCCUAAUGUAUCCUGAGCAACCAAUCAGUGCAUUUUCUGUCAAGACAGGCUUGUUUCACCAAAAGACUGAGAAUUUACCAUAGUUUUCCAUUAUAUGGAAAGCAAAUAAAAAAUUCUAAACUUUCUACUAUAGAAUUAAAGUAGAAGAAAAUGUGUUUUUUAUUUUUGUUGUACAUCUUAAAAUGUAGAAGAAUGAUAUUAUAUGAUGAAAAUAAUAUGUAAUAAAUUGUCUUCCUAA